UACCCUUUCUAAUGGAGGAGAACAUACAAUUAACAAAUUUUCAGCAGACAAUAAUGGGAUGUAUACGUGUGACUCAAAGCUCCUCUACUUAAAGGCAUAUGUAUGUGAAAGCUGCACAGAGGUCUCCAUUCCUUUAGUCGCUGGUAUCCUGAUAGCUGAUAGCCUGUUGACCGUUGGAGUAGCUCUUUUGGUUUACUUUGGAUGCAAGAGAAAACCUGCUAGAAGCAACGAGAUCGCACCUGGAGGCCGAAACAGAGGUAAUAGAGAGCACCCCCCACCUGUUCCUAACCCUGACUAUGAGCCCUUACAAAAAGGAAAACAAGCAGUAUAUGAUGGACUGAACAAAAAUUACAAAUAA